AUGGACCCAAGCUCCACCCACAGCAAGCUCGAUGAGAUCCAAACUGAGGUCGAUAUCGAGGCAGUUGACGUGGAGCGUACGGGACGUUCCACCCGGAUUGCCUUCGAGGAUGGUUCGACCACCGAUGCCGAAGUCAACCGUUCUAUCUAUCGACCUCCCGGGUUCAGGCGCACUCGUUCCCUCAGCCAAGAUACCAUCCACAGCACUCGCAGCAGCAGUCAGACGGCAGCAGCAGCCAAUGCUGGUUUCCCCAUCGAAUUCCGCACUCUUUCGAUCCAGAUCUCCGAAUCGCAGAAUGCUCCCAAGCAAGUUGUCGAGGAAUUGCCCAAGGAGAAACUGCCCAACCAAGACUACUUCGAAACUCUCGACUUCCACUCGAUCCCCGCGGAUAAGGUGUGCCAGGAAUUCAAUGUCGAUCAGCGCACCGGGUUGAGUAGCAGCGCAGCCGCCCAGCGUCUCCAACGGGACGGGAAGAAUGUCAUCGCCCACCACCGUGAGAACUAUGUCAAGAAGAUCUUCUUCUAUGUCUUUGGUGGAUUCUGCUCUGUCCUGUGGGUGGGAGUCGUCAUCUUCUUCAUCUGUUGGAAGCCUCUCAGCAACCCACCGUCUCCUACCAACCUUGCCAUGGCCGUUCUCAUCUUGAUCGUCAUUGCAUUGCAAGCCAGCUUUUCCGCAUUCCAAGACUGGUCCACGAAACAAGUGAUGAACUCGAUUUUGGACCUUCUCCCCUCGGAAGCCUUGGUGAUGCGUGAUGAGAAGCUGGUUCGUGUUACCGCGACCGACCUCGUGGCUGGCGAUAUUGUGCAGAUCAGCGUGGGAAAUAAGGUACCAGCGGAUAUGCGUUUGCUGCAGAGCUCGGGUGAUGUUCGAUUUGACCGUGCAAUUCUCACUGGCGAGUCUGACGAGAUCGACGGGGCUACCGAUGCUACCGAUGCAAACUUCCUGGAGACGCGCAACAUCGCCAUGAUGGGAACACUGGUGACAAAUGGCAAUGCUAUUGGAAUUGUUGUGCUGACUGGAAGCAACUCUGUUAUGGGCCGUAUCGCGAAGAUGACUGCUGGCGUCAAGCAAAAGCCCACCCUGAUCCAGAAGGAGAUUACUCGGUUUGUUACCAUUAUUGUCAUUUUGACAGUUUGCCUCGCCCUUUUGAUCUUAUUCACCUGGUUGGGCUGGCUGCGAAAGGAUCACCCAACAUACAUGAGCGUUGUUGCCAUGCUCAACAACGUCAUGGGAUGUGUUGUGGCAUUCAUUCCCGAAGGUGUUCCUGUUGCGGUCGCGUUGACUCUCAUGAUGAUCGCCAAGCGCAUGAAGAAGACCAAUAUCCUGCCAAAGGGCCUCGCAACAGUCGAGACUCUCGGUUGCGUGAAUGUCAUUUGCUCCGACAAGACCGGUACUCUCACCCAAAAUCGCAUGUUCGUCAAGUCUGUUGGCAUGGUCGAUUGGGAAUAUAGUCUCGAUGAUCUAGCCUCUGGUAUGGAGAUCUCCCAUGGUCUGGCCAACAUGAUGCGCGCUUCAGUUCUGUGCAAUGAUGCGACAUAUGAUCCGACAACCUUGGACCGACCUAUCCACGAUCGCAUUGUCAACGGCAAUGCCACCGACGCAGCUGUUCUACGUCUUGCAGAUGGCGCUGGCGCCGCAUCCCCGAAGAACCUUGCAUCGUAUGAUCGCGUGCACCAAAUUCCGUUCAACUCGAAGAACAAGUGGAUGUUGACCAUGCACAAGGAUCCAACAGGCGCAGAAGGAUAUUUGGUCUAUGUCAAGGGUGCUCCGGAUGUCCUUUUGCCUCGCUGCAAUUCCUACUGGUCGGCAAUUCACAGCGCUGUCAGACCAAUGGAUGACGAGGCCCGUCAAAAGUUCUCCGCUUUCCAGGCCAAGUUGUCUCGCCGUGCGGAGCGUGUCAUCGUUCUCUGCCAGCGCCGCUAUAUCCCCAGACAGGAGGUUGGCUCCAAUGAGUUUAGUGAUGAAAUCAUGAACUCUGGGGCACACGACUUGACAGUUCUUGGUAUUUUUGGUAUCAUUGAUCCUCCCCGACCGGAAACAGCCCAAACCGUCGCUGCAUGCCGCCGCGCUGGCAUUCGUUUCUUCAUGGUUACAGGUGACUUUGGUCUUACCGCAGCUGCUAUCGCCAGGGACAUCGGUAUCUAUGACGGUGCUGCCGAACCAGAUACUAUCGAUGAUGUUCGGGAUCACGAUUUGGAAGAAAAGACUCCUCGUUCGAGACACAGUCUGCUUCUUGAGGGUACCAGCCUCUCUUCGCUGACACACGAUGAGUGGGUCACAAUUUGCGGCUACGAUGAGAUUGUAUUUGCUCGUACUAGUCCUGAGCAGAAGCUUCGGAUUGUCUCGGAGCUCCAGGCCAAAGGAAACAUUGUUGCUGUUACCGGUGACGGUGUCAAUGAUGCUCCCGCUCUUCGUUCCGCAGAUGUUGGCGUUGCCAUUGGCUCUGGCAGCGAUGUAGCCAUUGAAGCAGCCGAUUUGGUUCUACUGGGUGGAUUUGACUCAAUUGUGGAGGCUAUUCGCCUUGGUCGACUCGUCUUCCAGAACCUGCAAAAGGUUAUCGCCUACCUCCUCCCCGCAGGAAGUUGGUCCGAAAUUUGGCCUGUGCUCAUGAACGUCUUCUUCGGAGUACCUUCUCCCCUGAGCACAUUCCUGAUGAUCAUUAUCUGUGUCUUCACCGAUCUCUUUGUCUCUCUUUCGAUCAUCAUGGAAAAAGAAGAAUUCGACCUGCUCAGCAUCCCGCCUCGUCGUCCCAAAGAAGACCAUCUCAUCAACCUCCGCAUUUAUGGCCAAUCCUAUCUCUUCGUUGGUGUUAUGGAGGCUUUCAGUGCCCACGCCAUGUUUUUCCUCUACAUGUGGAAAGCAGCCGGGAUUCCCUUCUCCGAUCUUGUUUUCUCCUUUGAAAAAUUCGGAGCUGGUUUCCACGGCUACUCGCAAGACCAACUGAACCACUUUGUCAAUACCGGCCAGUGUGUCUACUUCGUCACGCUGGUCAUCAUGCAAUGGGGCAACGUUCUCUCAGUCCGCAGCAAGCGCAUGUCUAUUCUCCAAGCCGAUCCAAUCCGUCCCGCCCGCCGCAACCCCUGGCUUCCUUUCGCGAUGCUCAUUUCUCUAAUCAUCGCUAUCUUCGUCACUGAAGUCCCCGGUAUCCAGUCACUCUUCCAGACGGCCUCUGUGCCAAUCCAGUACUGGUUCAUCCCUCUCGGCCUUGCACUUGGUGUUCUCGUUAUGGACGAGUUGCGCAAAUUGCUGGUCCGCCUGUUCCCCAAGGGACCGGUUGCAUGGGCUUCGUGGUAG